AUGGUAACAUUAACAGGUGGAUGUUGCAUUGCUGGGUUUUCCUCACUUUUUUAAAACGUUUGAAGAAUACAUAGUAUGAUUGUAUAUUCACGAAUAAUGAGAAUGACAUUAAAUUCGUGUCAGUCAAUACAUUUUUUCUGAAAAUACGAGACACACAAAGAUAAUGCAGGGAAAUAGCAGACGAUGUGAAUUGUAUGACGUCACGGGGACUUUGCAAUAUGGCGGUGAAAAUGCUGAAACAAAUCCCAGGACUUCAUUAAAUGAUUGCUUAAGUCUCCUGUUAAUGAGUUAAGAUAAAAGAGCAUGACAUUUGAUAAAGACAUAUCGCGUUAGUUCGCCGUUUUAAUGAUUUUACUGCUGAGGAUGCAGUGUUUAAGGUAGAUGUAGAUUUUAACUUGGUCGUCUGCUUCACGCUUCUCUUGUCAUCUAACUUCCAUUUCAGCAUGUGCUACGCAGCUUUUGAUCUGUAAAAGAGUCAUACUUGAAAAGCAUUGGAGUAAUCUAGUUUCAUAUAAGUAUUUUAAAUGGUAUUCCGAAAUAUUGAAUAAACUGCGAAAGAAGACGUCUUUCGAUUCAAUGGAGAGAGCCAGACAGCUUUUCUGUGCAUGUGAGCAAGGAGAUGUGGAUUCAGUUCAAGCUCUGCUGGACCAAGGAGGCUGCGACGUUGACACUGUCGAUGAUGUCGAAAAUACCCCAUUGCAGAUUGGUUCUGCCAACGGCCACGAAAAUGUUGUUAGGCUUCUGAUCAUGCGUGGUGCUGGUCUUGAUAAACGCAAUGUAUUUGGUUGGACGCCUCUUUUGCAGGCAUCACGGUAUGGUCAUACAGGCGUUGUGGCAUUACUGAUUCAGCAUCAAGCUGAUGUGCGUGCCAAGAACCGAUAUGGAGCUUCUGCUCUCACUCUGGCAGCUCGAGGUGGCCAUAUUCAGACUGUGAAGCUUCUUGUUGACUCAGGGAUUGAUUUAAAUGGCGCUAGCGAGGGAUGUGAAUUUACUCCUCUGUUAGCUGCUGCCUCCAUACAUGAUGCUGUGCUGCGAUUUCUUUUGAUGGGAUGUGAUGUGAACUUUCAGACACCAUCCAGUGGGUUAACCCCCUUGAUGUUAGCAGCUCUUAAUGGCCAUAUGACAACUGCACAGAUUCUCAUUGAAAAAGGUGGUGAUCCAAAUUUGGUUAAUGCUGGAGAGAAGACUGCUUUGGGAAUAGCAACAGUUCGUGGCAAACGGGAAGUAAGAGGAUACUUGGAGCGCAAGACCACUAACAAGCCCAAAGUUUCACCUGAUGAAACUAAACCAGACAUCAUUGAAGCUGCUAAACAUGGUAGGGAUAUUGCAAGAAUUCAUGAAAUCCUAGAAGAUCCCAGCCAAAAAGAUGCAAGCUCACCUCAGGAUGGUGCCACACCACUGAUGUUUGCAGCAAUGACUGGGCGACUUGAUAUGGCAGAGCUUUUGGUGCAGUAUGGCUGUGACAUCAACAAGCAAGACAUAAUCAGUGGCUGGACAGCUUUGAUGCAGGCCACAUAUCAUGGUAAAAAGCAGGUUGCCAUGUUUUUGCUUAAUGCUGGUGCUGAUGUGUCCAUUCAAGCAAAAAAUGGAUGUACUGCCUUUGACAUGGCAUCUCUAAUUGAUGAUGUUGACACAGAACUUCUUCGCAUGCUGGCUUCCAAGGCCCUGCAUGUCAACAAAGUAGACAAAACCAAGAAGGGUUGGAAUAAACACAGCAAUGGAUCUGUCUCCUCUCUUUCUUUGCACACAGAUUACAGUAAUGAGGAGCAUCCUAAAAGUGGACUUAAGGCAUGGUGGAAUCGGAUGUCUAAUAGAUUUAGGAAUCUAAAGCUAGGCCGAACGUUUACAAACAGCAACCGUUUGACCCAUGCCCCUUUCCUCAGCAACAUCAGUACAAGACUAACAUUAAAAGACCAGGAACAUCCCAGUCAGGAAAGCUGUGAUCUAAAGGUCAUUGUACUUGCAGUCUCCACCUAUGAAGCACAAGGCUUUGGUGGGAGCAGAGCAGACCACAAUAUCAAUGACAGUAUGAGACCAUGCUUAUGGAGACCAAAAAAAGUGCCUCAUUAUUUUACUCUGGUAGCACAACUUCAACCUCACACCAUCUCCAUCACCCACUCCAGCAAGAGUGGAGAGGACAUUGUACAGCCAUUAGACUGCUUGCGAGAGAAGGAUUCAGGAGAUGAUGAACUUUCACACAUUCUGAAGAAACUUUCUCUGGAGAAGUAUAGUCCUAUCUUUGAGGAACAAGAGGUAGACAUGGAAGCAUUUCUCACACUCACCGAUGAUGAUCUGAAAGAAUUAGGAAUUGCAAAUGUUGACUCUCGAAGACAAAUCCUCAAAGCCAUUAGAGAACUUAACUCAGGAAAGGGUCGAGAAAGGCAGCAAUUUGUUGAUACCAUGACAUCAUUCAAUUCAACCUUAAAAGCACGUGCUUCCACUGAUAUGGGAACUGACAGUGAGAAUCUCAUGAGCUGGAACAUACAGGAUGAGAAUGAACUCAUGUUCCCAGUGCUAAAUCAAGAUCAUCAUGACACUGAACAUCAAACAACACUUGUACCAUUGGUGCUCAGUUCCAUAAGUCAACAUUUCUACCAACUGUAACUCAUUCCUAUUUCCUCUUUCAGGGUGCCAUUCUUAGAAUGAGCUAAUGGUGUUUUCAGAAAAUGUAGUGGGAAUUCACUCAUAUAUGAACUCGGGACAUGUUCAUCAGUAAGUAAAGCUUCGUCACACAGUGCUUUACAAGAACUGUAAAAAAUACCAGGGUUCUGAGGUGCUUCAGCUGCAUUGGUAAACAAAUUUCAAAUAGAGAUAGAAAGUGUAAGUCACUUUAAUGAUUUUGUUGUCGAAGUCUCUGUGAUGAGGCAGAUGUCAUGAACAGUUUCUGUGGGUUGCAGUAAUGAUGCCAGUGUACAGAGAUAAGAUCAGUGUUAUUGUUAAUAACUUUUUCUGAUCAAAAUCAUGACACUUAUUUACACAUUGAUUAAGAUCUAUGUUGUGAAUAUCUGAUGAAGGUUACUAAACCAUUACACUUUACCUGAGCUAUGAACAAACCUGUUCAAACAUGUCUAAAACUCUGUCUCGAUAAAAGUGUUGUGUUGUAAAUGCAUCUUGCUAGCUAUUUGAAUUCAGCCUGUUGGGGGCCUUGAAAAUUGGUGCCUAAUGUAAAGUGCCUUGACAUGCAUCCCAUAGGUCAGAAUGUAGUUGACCUAUAUGUUUGUCACGUGAGAUAAUGACAGCACGAAUCAAUGUUCUGGUGGCAUACCAGAGUAGCGAUAAAAAAAAUCACAUCUACAGCUUGUGCAUAGAACAUGUCUAAAAAGCAGAGUUGACGACACAGGACCAUUUUAUAUUUGUUCAGCUCUUUAUUUGCAGUCUGCAAGUGGCUACUCCCUUUGAUUUGGCUAAGUGGCAUACUUUAUUUAGUUAAGAUGAUUUCAUUAUAAUUUACUUAAUCAAAUAUAAAGUAGGUAUAACAGGGUUAAUUUGUUUGAUUUUUUGAAACUGAAGUAAACAUAGAUGAUGAAUUCAUAAAUGUGAAUAUCUUCAAUUUAGGUUUUUUUUUAAAGCAUCACUUGCAAGCACCAGCUAUGUGAAGUAGUUUUAUGGUUAAACAUCAAGAAAAUGCUUAACCACAUCAGUUUUGGAUAUUCAUGCAUAAAACUAAAACGCACAUAGAUUUUAAUUUGGAAUCUUUCAACACAGUGUAACCAGUAAUGCAAAGUUUCUUACUUUUCCUGUUUCAAUCUGAGGAACCAUGUUUUUGACUCUCAAAGCACUGAAUGAUGUAGAGGUAAAAGAAAUUGUUGAUACAUUUUUAUUUGUCCCCUUGUGGGUUGCUGUUACACUUACCAUGAAUGUUACAUUACCCUAAACUGUUAGAUAUGAUGCGCAUCCGUCCUUUACAGUAAUAUUUUUGUGAUCACUUAUUGAUUUUAAGAAUCUUCUAAUAAUUAAUCCCGUUUGUCAUAUAUACAUAAUUUACAUGAAGUUGCUUGCAUUUAUUGUAUUUAUUGUUGUCUUCUAGUCGUAAACCACUGCAGCAGCUGAUUAUAUUUCCACUCAUGUGAUAAGUGUUAAAAGUUCAUUUAUUUACUGAUCUAUGAUAGGCAUUCACAGAAAAUCGUAGAAUUUUCAGACCAAACAAAGCAAGGGAUUGAAUUCCUGGUCUUAUGCAUUUAAAGCAACUUUAUGUACUUCAGAUUUUUUCCGUUUUUUGCUGCAUACGAUAUUCUUAGAUUAUGGCUAGUUGAACAAAAACAAAGUAAUCAGAUGUCAGUCUUCAAUUACAAGCCCCAGCUCUUUGGACAGCACAGUUGAGCAUAUUGUCUCAAGCAAUAUGCUCUGCAGCAAGAAUCUGAGCAUUUGAAGCAGUAUAGUAUUGUUACAAUGGCUUGAAAAUUGAGCUCAAAAAGUAUCCACUGAGCUAUAUAAUAUAUAUAAUACAUUUUUUCGGGGGGUUAAUAAUACAAAGGUUAUAUUGGACAAGCUGUUGCAAUCAUGGUGAUGAAAAUGCUGCCGACAAAUUUCUAGUAUACAGACCACUUUAAUGAACUAUUUUUUUUGAAUAACCAUCUUUACAUUGUAAUCAAGUUUCCGCCAUAAUUUGAAGUAUGUGGAAGUACAGCGUUUUAUUUUAAAUAGUAUUUUUUUUUUUACUGUGCUUUUACUUGCAUGCUUAUUUUUAUGUCUAAUGUGUAGUAUUUUUGUAAUUUUUUAAGUGCAUCCGUCCAAACGUGAUUCAAGAUAUGUAAUAUAAAAUAGGUGUUUUACAUUUGCACAUAAAUUUCAACUUCAAGAGCUGCAAAUUACUUUUUAUCAUAACAACCAGCUGCUGGCUGUUAAAUUUUAUAAACUGUGGAGAGGAGGUGUGCCGAGAUUAUAAAAAGUAUUAUAUCAUGAUAAAGACUUAAUUGGUUGUUUUGCAAAUUUUGCUGCAGAACAGCACAAAUAUACAAGUGUUGUUUGUGAAGUGUGCAUGUGUACAAUCGUGAAUGUGUGCCAAACAUUAUUAAACUGUCCUGAUGGUAUAAACAGGUUGUGCUGUUUAACUUCCUGUAGUUCCUUUAAAAAAAGAAACUUUAUUCAGCAAAUCAAUUUUGUGAUUCUGCAUUUUAUUAUUAGCUCUCAAGUGUUCCUGCUUGUGGUAAAUUUCUGUUGUUUUCUUGGCUCCGCAAGAAAAACUGCUGUGAUUUUAUAUGAUGUGUAAUAUGUUUGUUUGUACUGGUAAGUCAGACUGGCCCAAGAUUAAUUGUGAAAUUAUUAUAUCUAUUUUUUUGCACAUCUUUGGUUCAUAUUACUGCCUUGGCGCAUAAUAUAUGGACAUGCUGUAGCUUUACCCAUGUCAUUUUGUAAUAUUAUCAGCAUCAACCACCACAAGAUGUAUUUUAUGCUGAAUGCACAGCUUUCUUUAAAAUCAUUAUUGUGUAAGUAUACAUGAUGGGGAAAUGGAUAGAUGAAAGUUAAGCGUGUCUGCCAGUUUCACAAUAAUACUCUUUAUGAUUCAGUUUGUAAGUGGAUAGGGAGGAUCUACGAGGGUUUUAUAUUCAAUUAUCAGCAGCAAAUAAAACCUCAUCUGAA